AUGUCGCAACAGCUGGAGUUCUCGUCCUACGUCCUCGCGGCGCUCACUGCCGGCGGCGGCAUCAUGGGCUACGUGAGGACGCGCUCCGUCCCUUCGCUCGUUGCUGGAUCGGCCGUCGGCAUUCUCUAUGGCUUCGGCGGCUACCGCCUGCAGAGCCGCCAGCCCUACGGCAUCGAGCUGAGCCUCCUCGCCUCCGUCAUCCUCGGCGGCUCUGCAAUUCCCCGCGCCAUCCGCCUCAAGAAGCCCGUCCCCAUCCUUCUCAGUGUCCUGUCCACAUUUGGCAUGCUCACCUUUGGCAACGCGUACCGACAGCAGCUGUGA